AUGCCAAAUUCAAUUAGCAAUAACAAUAACCAAAUCAAUUCAAUCUCAGAAGAAGAUAAAGCCAGACUGGAUUAUUUCGAUAAUCAACCUGAAAAAUCUGAAAAGGACGAUACCCCCACGCAUAUCUUAUUGGGGACACACGAUUUCAGUACACCUAAUGCUUUCGUAGCGGGAACUGCUCCUCCCCUUACAGCUAGACCAUACACGCUCUCGAAAGGAUACUCUCAUCUUGUCGAAUCACCCGAGCAGAAUAGAGAUGUCAUAGUUGAGAAGUUAAGUAAUUUACAAUCGACUCUCGCUCAACUUGGUUCCGACGAUCUUCGUCAAGCCAAAGCUGAUAUAGUCUAUCUUCGAUCUGUGUUGGAAGAUGAGGAUACCUCAAUUGCUCAAAUCAAGGCUGGUGCUGUGUGGGCUAGUAGAGAUGCCUGA